GCCCGCUGAGUCAACAUCAGCCUCCCUGCUCUGACCGAAGACAACAACAGAGCAAAGGUUAUUACUGCAGGGCGGAAACAAUGCUGAAGACCCACCCACCUGCAGGAUACUCUCUCUGCUCGUCUCUUCCUGGAUUCAACUCCGUGCUUAUCAAGUUCUGAAGAUGAGCUACCCAGGAUACCCUCCUCAGUCUGGUGGAUACCCACCACAGGCUGGAGGCUACCCACCUCAAUCAGGAGCGUAUCCACCCCAAGCAGGCGGCUACCCUCCUGCAGCAGGCGGCUACCCUCCUGCAGCAGGUGGCUACCCACCAGCAGCAGGCGGCUACCCUCCGGCAGCAGGAGGCUACCCCCCACAGGCAGGCGGAUAUCCACCUCAAGCUGGCGGUUACCCUCCUGCAGCGGGCGGUUACCCUCCAGCAGCAGGGGGCUACCCUCCCCAGGCAGGUGGCUACCCUGCCCCAGCCGGAGGCUUCCCUUCUCAGGCAGGUGGAUACCCACCACAGCCCGGAGCAGGAGGCUAUCCUUCCAUGCCUCCAGCAGGUGGAGGCUGGGGUGCAGCACCAGGUGGUUAUGGCGCGCCAGGAGGAGCUCAGCAGGGAUACCCAGGGGGCCCUGCCCCAGGCCAACAACCCAUGCCAAAUUACCCGGGUGCCCCUGCGACUAACCCCUCAAUGCCUGGAUAUGGAAGUGGAGCUCCGUCCAACCCUCAGGCACCUCCCGUUUCUAAAGGGUACAGGGGUUCUAUUAAAGAUUACCCUGGGGCUGAUCCACUGAGGGAUGUUGAAGUUCUUCGGAAGGCUAUGAAGGGUUUUGGCACUGAUGAAAAUGCCAUUAUUGAACUUCUGGGAAGUCGUACCAACAAGCAGAGAGUUCCGAUGGUGGCUGCCUACAAAACUACUUAUGGAAAGGAUUUAAUCCACGAUCUGAAGUCUGAGCUCACUGGAAACUUUGAGAAACUGGUUCUUGCCAUGAUGAUGAGCCCUGCGCACUUUGAUGCAUACGAACUCAGAGAAGCUAUAAAGGGUGCAGGAACUGAUGAAGCUUGUCUGAUUGAGAUUCUUUCAUCACGCUCCAAUGCAGAGAUCCGUGAAAUCAACAGUGUCUACAAAGCUGAGUAUGGAAAGAGCCUGGAGGACGCCAUCAGCAGUGACACCUCCGGUCACUUCCGCAGACUCCUGGUCUCUCUCUGUCAGGGAAAUCGUGAUGAAAGGGAGACUGUUGAUAUCUCUCUGGCCAAACAGGAUGCUCAGAAACUGUAUGCUGCAGGAGAGAAUAAAGUGGGAACUGAUGAGUCUCAGUUUAAUGCCAUCCUGUGUGCUCGCAGCAAGCCUCACCUUCGAGCAGUCUUCCAGGAGUACCAGCAGAUGUGCGGGAGAGACAUUGAAAAAAGUAUCUGCAGGGAAAUGUCUGGAAAUGUGGAGGAUGGCAUGGUGGCUGUGGUGAAAUGCAUCAAGAACACUCCUGCCUACUUUGCAGAGAGGCUCCACAAGGCCAUGCAGGGUGCGGGGACCAAGGACAGGACCCUCAUCCGUAUCAUGGUGUCCCGCUCUGAGGUUGAUAUGUUGGACAUCAGAGUGCACUACGUGAGGACCUACGGAAAAUCCCUGUACACUCAUAUCUCUGGGGAUACCUCUGGGGAUUACAAGAAGCUGCUGUUGAAGCUAUGCGGAGGUAAUGACUAAAAAGAAAAGAAGAUAACUUCUACAAAGGGCAAUAUAUAUGUCCACACUGAAACAAUGUUAUAGGACCUUAUAUCACCUCUGAUGCAUGCAGUUAAUGGUAAUUUUCAAACAACAGUAAAUCAAUAUCAGUUUUUUAUUCUCUUCAGUGACAUAAUAGAUUUUUUUCUUGCUACUGUAUGAUUGCCAAAUAGUAAAUAUAUAUUAAUAUGAAGAUUUUUAGAGCAACAGUAGAUAGCUUUAUCAUCAUCAGGAGAGGUAAUAUAAAAGGUGGAGGCUUAAAGCAAAAAGUGGGUGCUCAAAAAUUUCAUUUACCAGUAACUAAAAACUUUUCAAAAUAAGGAAAACUAAAGAUGCAGAACAAGGGAAGGGCUGCAUUUAUCUCAUAUAUAUAAAGUACAUAUAUAUAAGGAAUUACUUGAUAAAUGUAUAAUUUCAGUGUUACUAAGGCAAAGUUUAGCUCACUGCCGAGCAUUUCAACUAUGUACAAGUUCAAGGUAUUUUUGAACCUGACUUAUUUUCCCACGUUUUUGGGUGUAAAUGAUUGAUAGGGACCUGUGCAGUAUUGAGCAAAAACAAUGUACCCGGCCACUGCUGCAUCAGGGUUCGUCCGUUAAAGUGCUUGUUUUUGCCACUGGCGUUGCAGGAGUUGCAGACUUAAUUGCUUAGUGAGUUUGAGUUAAUGUGUGACUUCCAGUGGUGGAGGAAGUAUUUAGAUCCUUCACAUAAGUGAAAGUACUGCACAAAAACACCAAGAAACUAACCAAUUGAGGCAGCGGUAUUUCAGUAGUGCCUGUAUUCUGCAGGUUAAAAUUACUGUUUUAUCAAUGGAGUCUAUAUAGUGAUGUUUCCUGUUUAACAAAAAGAUCUUAGCCUGUCUGUGAAAAACAAAACAAAACAAGUACUUUACUUUGACACAGACUAUUGCCCCUUGGAUUACAGCAGCAGCUGCUCAAGCUUUUUGGGUGCACUGUUCUUGCACUGUUCUUGCUCAAGAUUUUUGUCAUUAUCAAUCAUUUACACCCCAAAAUAAGUAAAAAAAAAAAAAAUCAGUUAUCCUUUAAAAAAUAAAAAUCAGUGUGAGGGCGUAGCAAGUUUUAGCAAAUUAAAUAUGACUUAAUCUCAUACUGAUUAUUUGAUGCUUGUUUAACUGGUCAUUGUUUAAAUCCCAGGUUAUUUGCAAAGGCCAUCUCCUCCAUCUUCCAAGUGUUCAUGCUAACUAGCCAGAGUUGUACUUCUGCUUGAAAGUCUAUGCAAAUUAGCUAGUCACUUUAAAUUCUUUAUAUCAGCUUUACAAAACUCUUCUGUUUUGCUCUUGAAAUGUAAACCUUUGCAAUCACUGUUCAACAUUUACAGACAAUGUUGCCUUUCACUGAAUGUUGAAAACCUAAAGACAGAUCAUUUUGUGCCUUUUGUCAGGGCUGCUCUGUUGUUCAGUCAGUGUUUCACUGUGCAGUUGUCUCACCAAUAAUCUAUAAUCUAAUACUUGUAUUGCUGCAAAAACGCAAUCCAUGCAUUGUUUGAUCUACAAUAUUUUGUUUACAUUUUAUCAUAAUGCCCCUUACUGGCUAUAUGUUAUCCUGCCAGCAGAGGGCUCUUUGCUCAAAUGAAGUGUCAUUUCUUGUGUCCAUGUGAUUGUUUUGCCUGCUGACUUGGUGUUUGGCAUUGAACAGAAUAUCUAUUGCACUAACUCUACUUUGCAAUCAUCUUUAUAUAACAUGGUAAUGAAAUUGGAUGCCUUUUUAGUUUCCUAACAUUUUGUCAUUUGAUAGUUCUAGUGUCUCCAGAGACUUACAGACAGCCACUUCUUAUUUCAAUAAAAAACAUUUUGGCAUAUCUGAA